AGGCAGGCUCCUCCCCUCACUCUAUAAAGAGCACCCAGUCUCCAGUCUGCCUCAUACCAAAGUUUGUGAAGUGUCUGAGGACAGCUCCUGUUGUAGAGGGGAAGACCAGCAGACAGGAGGGGGAGCCUUAUUUAUUUAUUUUUGUCUUUUUCCCCAUCACCCCUAUUGUUUUUUUUAUCUUCUUCUCUUCUGUGGAUUACGUGGAGCUAAAUCCCUGGAAAUUACUAGGAUACUGUUUCUUUGCUGAAAGCUAUGGUGGCGUACGAUGAAGGGGGUCUCUUGGUGCCUAUCAAACGGACUCUACAAGUGAUAGAUCACCAGAACCAAGCCAAUAAGGAGUCAGAGGAACCCAGCAACAAACGUGUCCGUCCUCUCGGCAGGGUGACGUCGUUAGCCAACCUUAUCUCUCCGGUGAAGAAUGGGGCCGUCCGGCGCUUCGGCCAAACCAUCCAGGCCUCUUUCCGAGGCGAUGGCAAGACGCCGGGCGCCCCCCAGAAGCCUUGUGGCAAGGCCCCAACUCCACCCAAAAGGAGAAACAGCAUACUGUGGUCGGAAACUGUGGAUAUUCACCAGAAAGGAACCUUCUCUACUAAGGAGAUCAAGCGGCAAGAGGCCAUAUUUGAGUUGUCUCGUGGAGAACAGGACUUGAUUGAGGACCUCCAGCUCGCACGCAAGGCGUACCACGAUCCCAUGCUGAAGCUUUCCAUCAUGUCUGAGGUUGAGCUCACACACAUCUUUGGCAACCUAGAUGCCUACAUCCCUCUGCAUGAAGACCUGCUGGCUCAGCUCUCCAAAGCCACCAAGCCGGACGGGACCGUGGGCCAGAUUGGACAGAUCGUCAUCAACUGGCUGCCCAGGCUUAAUGCAUACAAAGACUACUGCAGCAACCAGCUGGCAGCCAAGGCGCUGCUGGACCAGAAGAAGCAGGACCCGCGGGUGCAGGACUUCCUGCAGCGCUGCCUCGAGUCCCCCUUCAGUCGCAAGCUGGAUCUCUGGAGCUUCCUGGACAUCCCGCGCUCCCGGCUGGUCAAGUACCCCCUGCUGCUCAAGGAGAUCCUGAGACACACGCCGGCUGACCACCCAGACAAAGAUAGCUUGGAGGAAGCGAUCACCAUCAUCCAGGGCGUUCUGUCUGACAUCAACAUGAAGAAAGGAGAGUCUGAGUGCCAGUACUACAUCGAGAAACUGGAGUACUUGGAAGAGAGGCAGAAGGACCCACGCAUGGAGCAGUGCCGGAGCCUGCUAUGUCACGGGGAGCUGCGAAAUAAGAGCGGCACGAAGCUGCAUGUGUUCCUGUUCACGGAACUGCUAGUUCUGACCCGCCCUGUCACGCGAAACGAGCGCCAGUGCUUCCAAGUGUACCGGCAGCCAAUCCCAGUGCAGGAUCUGGUGCUGGAAGACCUGCAGGAUGGAGAUGUCCGAAUGGGCGGCUCGUUCAGAGGUGCCUUCAGUAACGCAGACAAAGCUAAGAACAUUUUCCGCGUGCGUUCCCAAGACCCGAGCCAUUCCCAGUCCCACACCCUGCAAGUCAACGACAUCUUCCACAAGCAGCAGUGGCUCAACUGCCUCCGCAGCGCCAUCUCCGUCCACCGCCCCUUCAGCGAGCCCUCCAGCCCCAGCCUCCCCCCGAGUGACGCCUGCCACAAGCGCCGCCCUUCCUCCGCCUCGGCCGUCAUCCACCUGGAGGAGCCCGACGAGAACUGCCUGCAGCCCACCUCCCACUCGGCCCCCACCUCGCCCUGCAACAGCACCACCUCCAGCCCCACAUCGACGUCCCCUCCCUCCCGCUCCUCGUCCCUACUCUCCAUGUCACACAAAAGCAAAAAAGACAAGAAAUCGAUGAGUUCUUUAGGAAAGAGGAAAGAGACGAUGGUAUGAGGCGGUGUGGAGGGAGAAGCAGGACUCCUGAACUGAACACAGAAAAAAAGGGACCUUUAUUUAUGUGUCUGCGUGCGUGCACAUCAUCACAACAGUGUUUUGUGUUACUGUCCUCUUCGGCAGCUAUUUCCCUUACACCCUCCAUGAAAGGUGCAUCUAAGAGAGACUUUCUCCUGGAGAAAAUGCACAGAUUUCUCUGGCUUAAAAAGGGACAGACGGCCAGAGUCCAACCGGGUUUCAUGCAAAUCGAGGGGUGGUGCACCAUAUCCUGUUUACUAGCCAUGUGAUAUUUAAGCGCUAUUUUAGACCUGUUUUGAAGGGCUAAUGAAAGUUUUACAUUUUUAUAAUUAAAAAAAAUGUAUUGUAGGUUUUUUAGGUUUAUAUAAAGCAGCACUGUUUAACCUGUAGGGCAGAUUUUUUUUUUUAUUUUUUGAGCGUGUUUAGGAAAAGAACGAAAGGAAGUGAAUCUCCUCCGAGGUGAAAUGUCUUAUUUUGAUAACAUUCCUAAAAGAACAUCUUUGGGACCUCGGACAUACUUCACAGGCAUUAUUUCAAACAAAGGGUCAGCUUCUCAGGGGGAAGCACAGCAAUAACAAUCACAAGUCAGAGUUAUAUUUUCAAGUUCUAAACUGAGCCAUGUUUUUAAGCUUUUUCCACAAAGGAACAGAUCACUUUUCAGUAAAGCGUCACGAUGGGACCGAGGCUCUGGUCGAGCAGAAUGUAGAAGAGAAGAAGAAGAGAGCAGAGAUGUAAUGAUGGAUAAAGUAUGUUUGGACCUGAAAGAGAUGGUGAGUGCAAGAUCGCAAUCUUGCUUGUUGGAUGUCAGAAGGAAUGAAGCAGAUGAACUAAGGAAGUAGGGGAGGUUUGAAGAGAGGUUUUGCAAGUUUUUGGGAAAGUUGUUGAAAAGAGGAGACUUUGGUGUCAUGAAAGUGAUGGAAUAAAAAGAACAAUAAAAAUCUGUGUAAGAUUUGAAACUC